AUGGCCGUUUCCAAUGCCAGCAUCUGCUCAAGCGCCGCGUUCCAGGCACUAUCGGGCACGCGUCUCGGUGACAGUCCCAUUUUCAUGCGUGCUUUAAUACAGGGCGAUGAAGUCUGUAUUGAGUACCAGCUUGACGCUUCCAUCGCCAGUUCUGCUGCUUGGUUUGCCGUCGGACCGUCGCGUGACUCUCGCAUGGUCAGCAGUCCAGCAUCCAACGUCAUGAUGUUUUUCAGAAAUACUGGCACACCGACUUCCUAUUUGCUAGGUGGCUACACGAAUAGUGAUGUGACGGAAGAAAGCGUGGCAUCUUAUGUAGCUGGAACGGCAAGCACAACUGAUAUGAGCUUUAGCUUUCAGCGCACGCUCGCAGCCGCUUCGAGUUCGGACGUCGCUAUUUCACCUACAGCUGCGACGACAUAUAUCUGGGCUUAUGGCACGUCAUGGCCUAUUUCUUCUCAUCGAAGUGGAACGAAUGGUGCUGCUACUUUCAAUAUUGCUGCUGCCGCUACUGCAGGCUCAAGUGCAGCCAGUACGUCCAUUAGUUCGAGUGCGAACGCGCCGUGGUGUGACGAUAAGAAUUGUCCAGCUAUCGUCGGUGGCAUUGCUUUUGCCAUCAUGGCCUUGUGUGGUCUGUUGCUCACAGCGGGACUUAAAUCGUCGCCUGUCGGCAAGCUUCUAUUGCAUCGAACUAUAGUUCAUCCUCCCGUGAAAUUGACGACAAACAAGCCUUUGGCCAUGCCACAUACUAUGAUUUGGCAGACAUUGGCUGAUCUACACCUUGGUGAGCUCCUUGUGAUGCUUAUUUUUGUUGCUGCAUUGGUCGUACUUAUAGUAAUGCUGGAUGAUGAGAAUAAUUACGUCGUAUCGGGUCAAGUGAGUCUGUUGAUUCUGAUGUUUCUCAUUCUUCCGGUGGCUCGCAUACCUGUAUGGUCGGUUCUCUUUGGUAGCUCGUUUGAGCGUAUUGUCAAGUUUCACCGCUGGCUUGGUCUCGCAAUGACAAUUGCAGUGGUGAUCCACGUCAUACAAGCGAACGAUGUCGUCAGUCUCACACUUGACGAGAAAUAUGGUGAAGUCACGCCAUUAUACGGCUUUAUUGCCUUCAUUUGCUUUGUGGCCAUGUUUUUUCUCUCGAUCGAGUACAUUCGUCGCAUGUUUUUUGAAGUCUUCUAUUACGCGCAUCGUGUGCUAUCAAUUGUGGGUUUUGUCUUUGCGAUUCUUCACGCACCCAAAUUUAUUGGUCGUGCACUUAUCGUCCCACUUGGGCUAUACGCACUCGGAUUAUUGUAUCGCUGGAUGAGCGCCUUAACGGGUUCGUACAAUGCUUCCGUGUCCGUACACUCUGGUUCCAAUUCGACAACUCUCGUCCUGACUUCGUCUCCAAAAACUGGCAAAUUGGCUAUGAAGAUAAAUCCUGGCUCAUACUUCUUUGUGCGUCUCCCGGCUGUCUCGGCAAUUCAGUGGCAUCCAUUCUCUGCGGUCGUCACACCUGAUGGCAAUUCAAUUGGAUUUACUAUCAAAGCAAUGGGUAACGGCUCGUUUACACGCAAGCUUUUAGAAAAAGCGGGUACACAGUAUGAACUCAAAGCCAAUUUAUGUGGUCCUUUUGGCAAGAUGUCGCUGGAUCUGGAGCACUAUGAUGUGGUAGUACUAGUUGCAGGUGGCGUUGGGAUCACUCCAAUGAUGAGUCUGAUUAAUCAGACGCGUCUCUUUCCGAAAGCUACAAAUCCAUCGAAUAAGGCUUCCAAGACAACCGACUGGUUUGUGUUGUGGUCAGUACGCGAGGCAGAAGACAUUUUAAUGAUGGAGCAGUUUUUGCCAUCGAAUGCGCAGCUAGACUACGCAGCCGCAGUUAGUAUUCAGGACCCUAAUACAGCCAUUCUAGGCAACAAUGUGCCAACCCCGUUCAAUGUCAAUUGGAUGUUCCAUGUGUCAAAUGCCCGCAGUAAUGGAUUUGUCACGCGUGGGAAUGGUGAGACUGUGUCGUACCGAGGUGGCCAACCCAUUCUCGAUGAAUUGAUCAACACUAGUCGAUUUAAUGGACGAAGGGUAACAGUUGUAGCCUGUGGCCCACCGACCAUGACAGUCGAGGCACAGGGACUUGCUCGCAAUUGCGGCUUUGAUUUUCACAAGGAAGUGUUUAACUGGUAA